UCUCACCACGGGUAUCCGCGCGAUCGUCCGAUGGAUUCCGAGCGUGCGGAACGUUGCAGAUGGCCCCUCGCGGACGGGCUUCUUCUUCGAAGCUGAAGCAGGCGACCAGGUCCCCGAGUGCAGCCCGGGCGCUCGACGUCCAGCGCACCCAGGGCUGCUGCAGUUGCUGAGGGGGGGGGCCUCGUGCCUCGAGAACGCCGCGGUGACGCAGCGGACGCAGGACUCCUACCACGCUCACGCCGCCCGCUUCCACCAGUGGUGCACGUGGGCGGGGCAGUCGUUCGAGACUGCCGCCGAGCUGGACGCACUGCUGCUGGUCUUCUUCGGGAACCUCUGCCUGGGCGGGUUCGAUGCCGCGACGGGGCGCAUGACGAUGGCAGCCCUUCGCCGCCUGUUGCCGCACAUGCUGGCGGGCCCCCGCGCUCUGCCGAGAGCCAUGCGGGCUCUCGAGGGCUGGGGCCGCCUAGUGCCGCCGCAGAUGCGGCUCCCGCUGCCGCGCUUGGCGAUGCUCGCCGUGGUGGGCCUCCUGAUCCAGGACAGGAGGUUCGCGGAGGCGGUCUUCGGGAGGCUGGCGUUUGACACCUACCUCAGGCCCAGCGGGGCCUAUCGCCUGGUGGCGGCCAGCCUGGUGGAGCCGCGUGCGGGGUCAGUCGACGGCUAUCAGCGCUGGGGCAUGAUCGUGAACGAUGCGACGACGGGCGGCCCUGGCAAGACGGGUGUGACCGACGAGAGCGUCAUCAUCGACAACGCGAGCUUGUGGCCCCUCCUCCAGGGCUUGAAGCGCCACCGCGCUCCGAGGGAUCCGCCGUGGAGCUUCGCGCCCUCGGUGAUCCGCCAGGUCUUCCGCGAGGCGUUGGUCAGGCUCGGCAUCUGGGGCGGCGUCUCGACCCUGUGCGCGCUCGGGCACGGGGGGGCCUCCGACGACCUCCUGUCGGGCCGCCGCUCGAGGAAGGAGGUCGAGGACCGCGGGGGGUGGGUCACCGGCGCCUCCCUCAACCGCUAUGCCGAGCGGUCUCGGAUGCAGCAGCUCAUCGCCGCGCUCCCGCAGUUCGUGGUGGCGCAGGGCAGCGCCGUGGACGGGCGCGAGGCAGAGCUCAUCUCGACGAUGGCGACUACGGGAUCGUGUUCGCUGCCGGCUCUGCCACCCGACCUGCCGGCAGCGAAGCUGCCCAAGCGGGUUCGCGCCCCGCAGCUGAGCCGCAAGUGGCGCUUCGGUUGA